AUGCUAAUAAAGGAAAUGGAAAUAUACGCACUAGGGAGCUUGGUGGACAGUGGAUGGAUGCAUCUGGAUGGCUGGCGCUAUAGGGCGCGCAAGCGCGGGAAUGCGCGCGCGCGUAUACAUCGUGAAGCGUGGGAAUGCUGCAAGCUCUUUAUCAAUCUGAGAAUUAAUGAAAUCAGCAUGUUCAAGAGCCAAGUUAUUGUUGGGAGGGAGAAAAUGGAGCACUUGUGGGCGAAUGGGCAGGGGUUCUUUGAGCAGCCUUUGACCUCAUUGAACAGGAAGCAAAGCAGCUUGUUUGCAGAUGAGCACCAUUUCCCAUCAGAGUGUUUUGUGAUGAAAGUGUUGGAGGAGGACUUGCAAUCGCGAGGGGAGUGCUUUCCUGUGCAGAACCAGCAGAUGCCAAUGACUUCAGAGGUGGCUCUAGUGACUGGUCACUCUGAGAUGGGCAUGGAGGCAGACAUAGAGACAGAUGACAUGGUGGCAUUAGCAGGUUUCGCAGAGGCACAAAAGGACUGGCUGCGAGUCACUUGGGCUUCCAGGGAAGCAAUGCGAGAGGCAAGAGCAGAAUUUGACUCGGCCUUGACAUGCUCCAAGCAGCGAGAGAAAAUUCAUAGCUGGAAGACAGCUGGAUUGAAGUCUGAAGAGUUGUUCACCCAGUGUUGA